UAAUUAACCAUUAGAUAAAUUGUCAAACAAAUUCCCUCGGUGGUUGAGGAGAGGGACACAACACCAAGGCUGGUUUCCCCAGCUUGGGGCAAUCAUGAAUCUUCUAGGCAUUUUCUUGUUUCUGACGAUUUGCGGAAAAAGUUUGGCUCAGGAGCAAACAUAUGUCAUUUCGGCACCCAAAAAUCUCCGUGUCGCAGCCUCUGAAAAGGUGGUGAUCCAAGCCUUUGGCUAUGAAGAAGAGUUUCCAGUGACAAUCUCUAUCAAGAGCUUCCCAGAUAAACAAACUACUUAUGCCUUUGGCCGUACUCAGCUAACUCCAGACAACUCAUUCCAAGGCGCUGUAAUUUUAACGCUUCAGCCGAAGGAUUUAUCGAGCGAAGACCCCAAGGCCUCCGUACAAUAUGUCUACCUGGAAGCAGUUUCUCCGCAUUUCACAAAAGAGAAGAAGAUGCCUGUUACGUAUGACAACGGAUUUCUCUUUGUGCAGACAGACAAACCCAUUUACACUCCUGACCAGACAGUGAAGGUUCGGGUCUAUUCUUUGAAUGAAGAACUAAGGCCGGCACGAAGAGCAGCCACCUUGACCUUUGUGGAUCCAGAAGAUGUAGAAGUGGAUAUUAUAAAGGAAGAGGAUAUCACUGGAAUUAUAUCUUUCCCUGACUUUAAAAUUCCUCCGUACCCUAAAUACGGUAUUUGGAAGAUUAAAGCAAAGUAUCAGAAGGACUUCACAACCACUGCUGAAGCACGGUUUCAAGUUAAAGAAUAUGCCAUGCCAAGCUUUUCUGUUACCAUUGAACCAGAGAAUAAUUUCAUCGGCUAUCAGCACUUCGAACGUUUCAAAAUUACUAUUAGAGCCAGGUAUUUCUACAAUGCGCCAGUGCCUGAUGCACAGGUUUAUGUCCGUUUUGGAAUCAUUGAAGGAACUAGCAAAACCAUGAUGCCCAAAGCCUUGCGGCACAUCGAGAUGGAAGAAGGAAUUGCUGAAUUUUAUUUCAACAGCAAGUCAGCAGUCAGCAAAUUAUCCUACAACUCUUUGCAAGAGCUUGAUGGCUUAAAGCUUUAUAUUGCUGCUUCGGUGCUGGAAACUAAAGGUGGCCAUACUGAAGACAGUGAACUAACAAGCGUCAUGUAUGUCAUGUCUCCUUACAAACUGAAUUUGAUUGCCACCCCUUUCUUCGUGAAGCCUGGGCUUCCUUACUUUAUUAAGGUGCAGGCAAAGGACCCAGUGGGUGUUCCUGCCAGCAAUCUUCCAAUUGUCUUGACUGCUAGUGUCUUCAAUGAGGCCAUGGAAGAGACCACAUUAGUUCAGGAAGGCACAGAUGCUGGAAGACGUGAAACCAGUUCAAACGACGGAACAGCGUUAUUUGUGCUUAAUAUUCCUCUCAAUGCCAAAGUCCUGGAGUUUAGAAUAAAAACAGCAGAUGCCCAGUUACCAGAAGAAAACCAAGCCAGUGAAUCCUAUGAAGCAAAAUCGUACAUCUCCCUCAGUGGAAGCUAUCUGUAUAUUGACUGGGCAUCAAACCAUAAAACACUACAUGUAGGAAACAACUUGCACAUUGGUGUACACCCAUCCAGCCACUACAUUGACAAAAUACAUCACUACAGCUAUCUGAUCAUCUCCAAAGGAAAAAUAAUAACCUAUGGGACCCAACCAAAGCUUGAAGGCUAUGGGUAUCAAACGCUGCAGUUCCAGCUAACGAAGGAUAUGGUUCCUUCAGCCCGCGUUCUUGUCUACUACAUUGUUACAGGAGAGGGAGCUGCCGAGCUAGUUGCCGAUUCCGUCUGGUUAAACAUAGAACAGAAAUGUGGGAAUAGCCUUGAGGUUCAUGUGUCCGGAAGCCAAAGUUUUUACAAGCCAAAGGAAGUUGUCUCACUUUCCAUGAAAACCCAGUUUGAUGCCCUCGUUGCAUUGUCAUCUGUAGACAAGGCCAUUUACGGAGUUACUGACAGAAAGGAGAAGCCCAUGGAAAAAGCUCUACUGAGAUUGGAAAAAAGCGACCUUGGUUGUGGUGCUGGAGGAGGACAGAACAAUGUUGAUGUGUUUCGAAAGUCCGGGCUCACCUUUAUGACUAAUGCGAACGCUGAGGAUUCAAACGAAGAAGAUGAAGCCUGCCAAGCUCUUGUAAGAUCGACACGUUCCAUCCAAAGGAAUGAAAUGGACAAACUAGAUAUAACCUGUCAAGCUAUCCUAAAAGCGGCACCUUCCACCGUCAGCAGUAAAAUCGAAGAACUAGUGUCCCUCCUUCAACAUCCUACGGUCAAGGAGUGCUGUAGAGCUGGAGCCCAAGAGUAUCCCGUCAAACAGACAUGCAAUGAGAGACUGAGACAUGUUAAGGGUGGACCAAGAUGUAUUAAAGCCUAUCAGAAGUGUUGCAUCUGUGCAGAGUUGCUACGCAGUAACGACACGCACAAAAAUACAAUACUCGGGAGGAGCGUCUUUGCUGCCCUGUUGGAUUUGGAUCCAGAGGUCCGAAGCUAUUUUCCUGAAAGCUGGCUUUGGGAGGUCCACCCAGUUUCCAGCUCCAAGACUCUUCCGGUGACCUUGCCUGAUUCUCUUACCACUUGGGAAAUACAGGGCGUUAGCAUUUCAGAUCAAGGUAUCUGUGUUGCUGAUGCACUCCAAGUGCAGGUGGUAAAAGAGGUCUUCAUCAAUGUACACAUUCCUUACUCUGUUGUCCGUGGGGAACAGAUUGAAUUGAUAGGAACCGUUUACAAUUACAGACCGUCUGGGAUUGUAUAUUGCACAUCGAUAAGUGUGGACAAAGGGAUAUGCCUGUCUGGAGCCUCCAGCACCAACCGACAAGGUGUACAAAGGACCAGUUGCACCCCAUACAAGGACCUCCAGGGCUCUUCGAUUGCAAAAGUGCAAUUUAAGAUUCUUCCUCUGGAGUUAGGUGUCCACACCAUCAAUUUCACACUGAGGAGCUCUGCUAGCAAUGAGAUCCUUGUGAAGACAUUAAGAGUUGUGCCUGAAGGUAUUCGAAAGGAGCUCCAUGAAGGUUACACGCUGGAUCCGCAAGGUGUUUAUGGCACGGUGAAAAGACAGCUGGAAUUCCGUCACAGGGUACCUCUAAAUAUGGUCCCAAAGACAAGCCUUGAAAGGACCGUGAGUGUAAAAGGACUCCUUUUGGGUGAUGUGAUCAAUGCAGUUGUUGACCCAGAGGGGCUCAAAUUUCUUGCCAACCUCCCCAGAGGGAGCGCAGAGACUGAACUUAUGAAUGUGGUGCCAGUGUUUUAUGUGUACGACUACUUGCAAAGGACGGACAGCUGGGACAUACUUGGGCAAGGAAGUAUAACUCCACAACUUAAUAUGAAAAGGAGAAUGAAAGAAGGAAUCAUCAGCAUCCUCUCAUUCCGAAACCAGGAAUACGCUUUCAGCAUGUGGAAAGAUGGAGAACCCAGUACCUGGGUAACAGCUUUCGCCCUUCGGAUUUUUGGACAAGUUCACCGGUAUGUGCCAGUUGAUCAGAAUUCUCUGUGCAACACUCUGACGUGGAUGAUUGACGUGUGUCAAAUGGACGAUGGAUCUUUCCGGGAGGUUUCAUCUUAUCAGCCAAUAAAAUUACAGGGUACAUCAGCUAAAGAAAUGAAAGAAAAGACUUUGUAUCUGACAGCCUUCUCUCUGAUUGGAUUUGUAAAAGCAAUUCAUAUAUGCCCAUUGCAGAAAGCUGAAGAGGCCAAAAAUAAAGCCGUGGAUUAUUUGCUGCAAAAUGUUGAAUCCUCCGAAAGCACAUUUUCCUUGGCCAUUGCUACUUAUGCGCUGGCGCUAACCAGAAUGAACCACCGCAGGGCACGCAUGGCCUACAGUUUGCUUAAGAAUGAAGCUCUUGUGAAAGUUGGCCAGCCUACGUAUCGUUUUUGGAAAGAAUCCAAAGGAGAUUCAAGCGUUCCCUCUGAGAGUACUGCCAGGAUGGUCGAAACCACUGCCUAUGCCUUGCUCACCACCCUCCUGCGAGCAGAUAAAGCCUAUGCUGAUCCAAUCAUAAAGUGGCUGUCAGAGCAACAGAGAUACGGAGGUGGAUUUUAUUCCACGCAGGAUACCAUCAAUGCCUUGGAAUCCCUGACUGAAUAUUCUGUUCUUGUUAGACGGCUGGUACUUAACAUGAACGUCAAAGUGGCCUACAAGAAACAUGGAGAUUUUCAUCAGUUCAGACUGACCCGAAACCAUUACGUUGGCCGACCUGUGGAAGCUUCCUUGGAGGACGACAUAGAAGUACGCUCAGGGAGCAACACUGGAUUAGCAAUAGUGAAUCUGAAGAGCGUGUAUUAUAAAAGCAGCAUUUCUGAGGACGUUUGCAACUUUGCGCUGAAGAUCGAUGUGAAGUCUGAAACAGAUAGUGAUGGAAGGGAAACGUACUACAGGUCCUCUCAUGAAGUCAGACACUUAGAAGCCUGUGCAAAGUACAAGCCACCUAAGUCUGAACCAUACUCUGCCUCCUCUCAUGCGGUGAUGGACAUUGCUCUUGUCAGUGGACUGGAAGCAAACAUGGAAGAUUUAGCUGUCCUUACAAAUAAGAUCGACCAGCUGAUCGCAAACUAUGAGGUGACAGACGGACAUGUGCUGCUGCAGUUAGAUUCGAUUCCGUCAAAUGAGUUCCUGUGCAUCGGUUUCCGAAUUUUGGAAAUCUUCCAUGUGAGCAUGCCAAGCCCUGGGACUUUCACUGUCUAUGAGUAUCACACUCCCGAUAAGCAGUGCGCUAUGUUUUACAAUCCUUACGGAGAGGAGUCACUGGUCAGACUGUGUGAAGGUGCUGAGUGUAAAUGCAUGGAAGCGGAAUGUGGGCGCAUGCAGGCCAAGCUGGACCAGUCCAUAAGCAUUGAUGCUCGGAAGGAUGCCGCUUGCCAGAGUAACAUUGCCUAUGUCUAUAAAGUGAAUAUCCUCUCCUCCAAGCAAGAAGGAGGCUUUGUUAAAUACAGAGCAGUUCUCAUGGAUUACUAUAAGACAGGAGCGGCUUUUGCUGAGAACAAUGCUGAAAUUUUCUUUAUCAAAAAGUAUUCAUGCGCUGAAGUUCAGCUUAAUCCGAAAGAGAAUUACCUGAUCAUGGGGAAAGAAGCCUUGAAAAUUGGAGAGGGGGUCAAUGCCAGAUACCAGUAUCCUUUAGAUGCCUUGACCUGGAUUGAGUGGUGGCCAUCUGAGGAUUUGUCUUGUCGAUCUUGCCAAGACUUUGCGGCAUCAAUGGAAGAAUUUGCAGAAGAUCUCUUCCUUAAUGGCUGUUAAACCGCCAUAGCAUUCCUAUGGAUGAUCAACAGACAGGUUUAUCAACAAGCUUCUUAGAAGCUGGAUUUGAUUUGAAUCAUCCUGACCUUCUGUGGGACUCAUAGCAACAUCCUCCAUAUAAGUCAGCAUCAGUUUUGUUGCUAGGAUAUUAUGAGAAUUCUAGCUUUUUUGUAUAUAUUGGUAAACUAAAUAUAGGGCUAACAAAGACUUUUGGAACUACACGAAAUGCAGUGUAAUAAACUAAAGGCAAAUGAAUACACAGAGAGAAGGCUUAUAUGUCUCAGUUCAGGGGUAGAGAAUCUUUGGAUGUUUGGGGAUUCAGCUCCCAGAAGCCCCAUCUGGAAUCACCAAUGGUAAAGAAUUAUGGAAAUUGUAGUCCAAAACAUCAAAUAAUGAUGAGAUGUUGGCAUUUUGCAUAUAUCAAACAACAGGGAAUUUAUGGACGAUAAACCCAAGACAAGAGCUCUCUAAAGUAGGAAAAGAGGGAGACUACAUCGCAAGGUGCCAUGAUUUGAAUCUACAAGACUUGGAGCCAUGAUCCGGACUCUUGGAGGUCUCUCAUUCAUAGGGUCACAGUCACCAUAAAUCAGAGCCACCUUAAUGGCACAUAGCAACUGCACAAAACAACCCAAACCACAUCCCUGUUCCAUUGGUUAAUACUCUGCUGAAAUAAAGGUUUUCACCUUUGGUA